AUGAAGAAUCAGCUCCCCCAAGAUAUGUCCGGGAAGACACCUUUUGAUAUGGAACAGUACAAAUACAUGUUUGGCACAACUCGAAUACCUAGGAAAGGAUGUGACGAGAUUCGUUAUGGCUUUACCAACGAAAAUCAACCGAGGCACAUCAUUGUCAUCCACAACGGGCAUGUAUUUUCAAUGCCUGUGCUCAACAAGGCCCGUCAGCCUUUGUCAAUUUCGGCGCUGUUGGCUUUGUUCCGAGAAAUUAUCGAAAAAAGCCCAGAGAGGCUCACUCAUUCGGUUGGCAUUGUAUCGUCAGACAAACGUGAUCGAUGGGCAGGGAUUUACAAGCAGCUUGAGGGUAAUCCAGUGCUUUUUUAG